AUGGAUGAGGUAGAUGCCACACCCUACUUCAACAAGACCAUGUCUAGGAACAGGUUCCAGAUUAUAUGGAGGUUCCUGCAUUAUAAUAAUAAUGCAUCACAAGAUGCAGCUGACAAGUUAUACAAAGUCCGCCCAGUGUUAGACUACAUAGUCAAAAAAUUCAAGGAGUUGUAUCAGCCAGGCCAAAACAUCUGCAUUGAUGAGGGGAUGAUGCUGUGGCGGGGGCGACUCUCCUUCAAAGUGUACAACCCACAAAAGCCGGUGAAGUAUGGGAUCAAAUCAUACAUACUGUGUGACUCUGCCACCGGCUAUUGCUUUAACAUGCAGCCUUAUGUGGGGACAGCUAGCACUCUUCCUGACACAGUGUUCACUCUUCUUGAUCGUCUCCCGGGCCAUGGUUACACUUUAUACAUGGACAACUUCUACAAAUCCAUUUCACUCUGUGAGCGGUUACUUGGAGCACGAACCAAUGUUUGUGGAACCCUUCAGAAGAAUAGGGGGGAACCCAAGACUAUCACAGAGGUGACCAAGACUGACCUGGGAGUGGGGGGGAAAGUUGUGCGACAUAAUGAGAGGGUGAUGGUAGUUGCAUGGCAGGACAAACGCCUAGUGAAGAUGGUGACAACCUGCCACCAAGAUAAGAUGCAAAGAGUGGAUGUGUGGCAGAAGGGACAGAAAAACAAGGUUCCUCAGUUGAAGCCAGAGUGUGUGGUAGCAUACAAUGCGUUCAUGAAUGGGGUCGACAAAUUGGACCAGAACAUCGCCUACUACCCCUUCAUCCGCAGAUCCCUCAACUGGUCCAAGACGUUUGUCGCUUAUCUCUUACAGAUACGCAUGUAUAAUGCAUACGUGAUCUACAAAUCCAGAAACCCAGGCGAGUGUAAAACUCUCCUGGAGUUCAUACACAGAGUUGUGAAGUCCUGGACUGCAACGCGACAGGUGGCGGAGGAGGAGGAAGUUGGAGGUGUGGAGGCUGAGUCAGGUGAGGAGUUGGAGGAAGGCCGUCGCACUCCAAGGGCACCGUAUAAUACUGACCCCGACAGCAGGCUAGACGGACAGAUAGGUAGACACAGACUGGACAAGCUGAUGCCCACGAGCAGCAAAACAAGACCAGCAAGGAGGUGCAGGGUCUGCACCCGCAGGGGCCAGCAGAGAGAAACAAAAAUGUGGUGCAUAUCCUGCUGUGUCCCCUUGCACCCAGGAGAGUGCUUUACAGCAUACCACACAAAGCAGAAUUAUUGGAUAUUGUGA